AUGAAGCUCUUUACUACAAUUCUCCCUCUGAUAUCCUACUUAGCGCCCAUCUGGGGUUGUCAAGCUAAGCAGCAGCCCGGAGGAGUAUCCACUGUCUUCCAACUCGAUAGUACCGGAACUUGGUUUGAGAAUUUUGAGAAUCUUGCUCUUCGCCCUGAUGGAGAUAUCAUUGCAACACGAAUGGAUGUUCCUGAGCUUUGGUUGAUCGACCCAAUUACCAGAGAAGGUCGCAGCCUCGUUACUAUCCCCGGCGUUACUGGUGCUAUCGGCAUAACCCAGCUGACAUACGAUACGUACGUCGUGGGCGCUGGCAAUGUAACUGCCGAUCCAUUUAAUUUCGAGGCUGGGUCAAUGCAAGUUUUUCUGCUCGAAUUCAAGCGAGGGAUUCCCACUGUCAAGCUGGUCACGGCCUUGCCUGAUGCCAUGUUCAUCAAUGGCAUAACCCCCUGGAGCAGUACAGAGGUCCUGGUGUCCGAUACUGUCCUAGGAGCGGUGUACCAAAUCGACGUUAGCAGAGGCGCUAUUACAAAAGUGCUCUCGCAUGAGGACUUUGCAGGGAUAAAUGGUAUCGGAGUGCGAGAUGGGUUCUUAUACUACAUCAUCAACAACAGCCAAACAUUCUUUCGCGUCUCUGUUAACACUAACUUCGAUAUCACGGGGUCGCCGGAAGCUAUCUUUAGCGGCCUAUCUAUGGAUGACUUCUCUUUGGCUCGAGAUGGCACAGCAUACAUCGCAGCUGUUGGAACGGGCCAGAUUAUUCGGGUAGAUCCAGACGGAAGCAAUGUCACUGUCGCGGGUGAUGUCGGUUCCAUGGAAGCUAUUGGUUGUACCGCUGUGCGUUUGGCGCGGUCAAGGGGAUUCGAUAAGAUCUUGUAUGCCACUACUAAUGGUGGACUUGGAGCACCGGUAAAUGGCACUGUCCCUGAGCCGGCAAAGAUCAUUGCUGUAAAGCUGUAG